AAGGCUUCACAUACGUUAGAAGAACAUGAUACAGAGGAAGAGUUAAACGAAGAUAGUGCAGUCACCACUCCUAAUCGGCCGGUCCCGUCGCGCAGCAAUUCAGAAACUGCUGCUGAAGCUGCAAGGCGUCGCAUGAAAUGGGUAGCGCAGGUCAGCGAAUACUGGCCCUUGAAUCGUCUAGCCCAUAUGACAGACAAGGAGAUGCUUGAGGUUUUGAACGAUAAUACUUUGUCGAGUUGUCCGCCAAAAGGAUUGAUGCCAAGCGUUGGGUCAGGGCUUGACUCACCCAGUGAUCUUACACAAAUCGGUAUACACGACCUUUCACUCUUAUCCCCAUCCGCUCAACCUAGAGGGAGAAUUCUCCUUGUUGGCUCUGGCCCUGGUCACCCUUCUCUGCUCACGCUAGCAACUCACAAAGCUCUCACUAAACAUGCAAACCUGGUUUUGUCGGACAAACUUGUCCCCGCUGCUGUUCUCAAACUUAUUCCGCCAGAAGUGGAAGUACGCAUCGCUCGCAAAUUUCCAGGAAACGCUGAGGGUGCUCAGACUGAGAUGAUGGAAGCCGCCGUUGAGGCUGCCAAACGAGGUCUUACUGUCGUUCGUUUGAAACAGGGAGAUCCGGUUGUAUAUGGUCGUGCUGGUGAAGAAGUGUUGUAUUUCCGCUCACACGGAUAUGAGCCUCUCGUCGUCCCAGGCGUAAGCUCUGCUUUAGCUGCACCAACGUUCGCUGGCAUACCGGUUACGCAACGCGGAGUUGCAGAGUCUUUCAUUGUCUGCACUGGUGUAGGAAGACAGGGGAAGGAUGUGAAACUUCCAGGGUACGAGCGGGGAAGAACGCUCUUGAUUUUGAUGGGUGUCGCGCGAUUACCACAAGUACUUGCCGCUCUGCAGGAAGAUGGCGAAGGACUGAAGGUCACCUCACGACGCGAUGGCGAGGCUUAUCCUUCGCAUACGCCUAUAGCGAUAAUCGAGCGAGGGUCGAUGCCCGAUCAACGCGUGAUCGCAUCUACGUUGAAAAAUGUAUUGGCUGCGCUUGAUAGUGUAGGUGAACAGCGUCCACCUGGUAUGAUAAUUGUAGGGUGGUCUGUUCUGGCCCUCUGUGGACAGGGCGACAUGACCGUCCUUGAUGAAGGGGCAUCAAGCAAGGAUGAAGACAGGGUGAGAACUUGGCUUGGGAAAAACGAGUGGAGAGUUACAGAGGGUUUAGAUUCCGGAUGGCGGUAUCUAUAACUACUAGAGUAACUUAUAUCUGUACAUUUGUUUAUGUUGUACAGGUACUGAAUUAUAUUGACUUAAGC